GGCUCCGGUGUGAUGUAACAGGAAGUGGUGGGUUUGCCUUCCAACGUCAACCUGACAGCCCGAGUGCUGCUGCGCUCACUGGGAGCCGGAGAGCCGCCGUGUGUGGAGCAGCCGCGAAGCCGACAGGACGAGGACACUCUGCGGGGACUCGAGCUCCUCUGCUGCGGUUGGAUUUUGUUUGUUACCCCGUUGGAAGGAAGGACGCGCUGCAAAACCCCCACCGUCUGUCGCUGGCCGAUCAUCGAGCAGCCCUGACAUGGCCAGAAGGAAGAUGGAGAGCAUCGGGCGGAGCUGGGUGGUGGCACUCAUUCUGCUGUGUGAUGUUACACAGUUUUUCGUGGAGGCGAGUAUGGAGGUCAAUGAGACUCAGCACCAGCAUCCGACCAACGUCUACCACGACAUGGGACAGACCAGGAACCAGAUCGUAACUGCCCAGUUCGAGUGCUAUCAAAAGAUAAUGAAGGACAGCGCCAACAGCAGACAAGAGCCCCUGUGCAAUCGUACGUGGGACGGCUGGCUGUGUUGGGACGACACCAGGGCGGGGGUCAUCUCAGAGCAGCACUGCCCAGACUACUUCCAGGACUUCGAUCCUUCAGAGAUGGUCACAAAGAUUUGCACUGACGCCGGUCAUUGGUUCCUGCAUCCCGAAAGCAACCGGACAUGGACCAACUUCACCCGCUGCAAUGAACACACCAGUGAAGUCCGAGUGACUGCGAUGAAUCUUUUCUACUUAGCCCUCAUAGGACACGGACUGUCCCUGACGUCCCUCUUAGUCUCCCUCGGAAUAUUCUUCCAUUUCAAGAGUUUGAGCUGCCAAAGGAUCACGCUUCACAAAAACCUCUUCUUCUCCUUCGUCCUCAACUCUGUCAUCACCAUUAUCCUGUUGACAGCAGUGGCAAACAACCAGGAGCUGGUUCAGAGGAAUCCAACGAGCUGCAAAGUGUCCCAAUUCAUUCAUCUCUACCUAUUUGGCUGCAACUACUUCUGGAUGCUGUGUGAGGGGAUAUACCUGCACACGCUCAUCGUGGUCGCCGUGUUCGCUGAGAAGCAGCAUCUGAUGUGGUACUACCUCCUCGGCUGGGGCUUUCCUCUCAUCCCGGCGACCAUACAUGCCGUUGCUCGAAGUUACUACUACAAUGACAACUGUUGGAUCAGCUCCAAAACGUCGCUGCUCUACAUCAUCCACGGUCCCAUCUGCGCUGCUCUUCUGGUGAAUUUGUUCUUCCUGCUGAACAUCGUGCGAGUGCUCAUCACCAAACUGAAGGUGACCCAUCAGGCGGAGUCGAGUCUCUACAUGAAGGCGGUGAGGGCCACCCUCAUCCUGGUGCCUCUUCUGGGAAUCCAGUAUGUGCUGCUGCCUUACAAGCCAGAGGGACGGGUGUCCUCUGAGAUCUACGACUACAUCAUGCACAUACUCAUGCAUUACCAGGGUCUGCUGGUGGCCACCAUCUUCUGCUUCUUCAACGGAGAAGUCCAGGCAGUUCUGAGGAGGCACUGGAACCAGUACAAUAUCCAGUUUGGCAGCAGCAUAGGAAACCACUCGGACGCCCUGCGCUCCGCCUCCUACACGGCCUCCUCCAUCACAGAGGUCCAGGGCUGCUACAGCAUCGACGGCCACAGUGAACACAUGAACGGGAAGAGCUGCCACGACUCAGACGGCUCCGUCCUGAAGUCAGACAGCCCCCUCGCCUGACAGAGACACUCUUAUCAAACUCUACCCAUCCUGUCCCACCUGUAAAAAAACUGCAGCAUGUUUCGGAGCUCUGUGGAAGCCGGGGGGGGAAGGGGGACUCGCCGCUUCCUGAAGUCACAACGUAAGAAGAAAACGAGAGAGGAAAACGUGUGUGAACCCCCGUCUCUCACCCGCCUCACACCGACACAGGCCCUUUAACUGAACUGGGAGGUGAGCUCUGGUCUACAACGUGCAACUGGACCGCUUCACUCAGACUGAGAUGCUGAUGAAACGUUUUUUUUUUUUCAAACGGAUGGACAUUAGCUGCUCGAUUAUCCUCACGGGGUCACGUCGUGCACACAACGCCUUUUAGUUACACUGUAAAUUCUUCUGACAUGGUUUUAGUGCCAAACCACGAAAUCCUGCCUGCCUGCCACCGUAGACAGAAUCCAAAAGGAGACAGGACAUCCAACAGGUGCAUCGUAAUAUAUUAAAGCAUAUAUUAUAUAUUUCACAUAGUCAACCUAAUUUAUCAUGAACAUAUUUUUUGUUUUUAUACGUGAAAACAGAAUUAAAUACCGCACAGUAUUUAUAGACAUUACAUAAAGUUACAAUCGGUCAAUUAAAUACACAUUUGAAGUGUCGCAGGCUUCAUUCAGACCUUUAAGAGCAUUUCUUGUUUCGUUUGUUCCUUCAUGUGCAGUCAAUGCAGACGAUGGUGUGAGAGAUUUCAUCGAGCUAACUCUCUCGGCGUGUGUUUUACUGUAAGUGACCCUGACUGUCGUGUGCGUCCUUUGAAUCCACACGGUAUAGUUUUUGUAAACGUGACUUGUCCACACAACGUUAUCACCGAGAAGCCAUCAGGAAGUCACGUGUGCUCCGAUGUGUGCUCGUCAUACUUGAAUGUAACGGUGACCUGGCUCCGCUGAACAUAAACGCAUCACAUUCCUGUUCA